AUGAUACGCCAUUCAAUGGAUAUCAUCCAGAAUAAUGUGGAGUUUCUUAAUCCUGGCCAGACCCCAGUAGUAGCAUUUGAUCAACCGUUAUACGCUUUAGCAGAGACAAUUCAAUGGAAUUGGCCCGAUGCUUAUGGAGAAAAUAAGUUUGUCAUUAUGCUGGGAGGGCGUCAUGUAGAGAUGGCUGCGUGGAAGACACUUGGCGACUGGUUGGAAAACAGUGGAUGGACAGCACUGCUGGUUGAUGCCCACGCUGCCUCUUCCGGGAAGGCAGAUUCAUUUCUAAAAGCAUCGCAUGAUUCUCGCACCAGGUAUGCCCACCAAGUCACUGCGUGCUGCUUGUACAUUAUGAUGCAAAAGAUGUAUGAUCGGUACGUAUGGAAGGAUUGGGGGAAGACGAAUCACCCCUUACGUUUGAAAACUUGCGUCAUCAAAAGAAUGCUGAAAAUCCACAAUUUAAGUAUUGGUCGAUCACCCUUGAUUUAGAACUCACCAUCCUGACUUUUGUGCAGUCACUUCGUGAAGGAAACUUCAAGCUUUGUAUCAACAGUUUGACGAAGAUAGUUCCCUGUUUUUUGGCAUUAGACCAUCAUCAUUACGCACGCUGGCUACCAGUCCAUAUUCGUGACAUGAUAACACUCGAGAAAACCUGUUCCGCUGUUGCAAGGGAAUUCCAGAAUGGAAAUUUUGCUGUCAAGAAGUCACUUAGAGCAUUUUCUAAAAUACCCGUGGAUCAUGCCCAUGAGCAGAAUAACAAGUGUGUUAAGGGUGACGGAGGUGCAAUUUGGCUAACCGAGAACACCUCAGAGCUUUUGCGUUGGAUGAUUUCAGGCCCAGAAAUAUCAAGAAUGUUCAGCGAAUUUGAGUUUUCACAAGAGUUUGUAGGCGUUACAAGUAGAAACACUGCAAGUUUGAAGCACCAUGAACAAUCAAAUGCAAUGCAAUCAAGGUUCAUGAAGGACGUAAAAUCACUGACUGAAGCAUUCGAUAACAUGAGUAACCCAUUUAUUGAUGAUAGUGGAGACGUCUUGAAUAUUGACACAAAAGAGACCAUGAAUGGUGGUGUUGUCACUACUAUAAGCAGCAUAGAAGCAAUUGGAGAAAAGCAAUACAAAGAAUUUGUAGAAACCCGUCUGGAGAAAAAGAACGUAUCUCUUUUUGAGACAGUUAAAAAGAACAAGCUUUCACGGUUUGGCACUUCACCAGUUAAGGAAACAUCAAGACAGAUGCUCCAGAUAACUUCGUUAAAAAAAGAUUGUGCUUUGUUUGCACAACUUUAUGUUUCAUGACAGGUUCGAGGUGGAGACCUACACGAUUUCUUUUUCCAUGACAAUCAUCGCUAUCCACCUUCGCUAUCUCAAUAUGGAAUCCUCCGCUCAGGAACAAAGUCAUCACUUGUGGAUCGUCUUGAAGCACUUGGUCCCAGCGCAAAGAAUACUUGUCCUCAAAUUGAUGCUCUUAUCUUAGAUGGCGCUGCAAUUGUUAACCUUUUGAGACCAAUCGGCUGCAAGACCUUUGAAGCUUAUGCCCACGAUGUAUUUAUUAAAUACGUCAAAUCAAGAUUGGCCAAUGUCAGCAGACUUGAUAUUGUAUGGGAUGGAUAUCUUGAAAAUAGUCUGAAGGCAACAACAAGAAGCAAGCGUGGGAAAGGAAUCAGAAGGCGCGUAUUGCCAGAUACAAGGAUACCCAAGAACUGGUCCACUUUUCUUCGCGACGACAAUAACAAGUCGGAAUUGUUUGCACAUCUUGCUCAACAAGUAACGAGUAUUGACUGCUCACCCAAAGAAGUUGUAUCCACAUAUCGUGAAGAGGUAUUGGUAUCUAGUCAGCGAGAUCUAAGCGACAUUUCACCUUGCUCCCAAGAAGAAGCCUGCACGAGAAUGCUUAUUCACGCCUUGGACUGUUCCAAAGUCGGUCUUAAGAAAGUCAUGAUCAAGACUGUUGACACAUAUGUUUUAGUUAUUGCUGUAGCACUUUUUCAGAAAAUACGAGCAGAGGAACUGUGGCUGGAAUUUGGUACUGGGAAGCAUACGAGAUAUAUAUCUGUCCACGAUAUUGAAAGAGCUCUUGGACACGUCAAAGCUGAAUGGCUUACAGUGUUCCACGCGCUUACUGGUUGCGAUCAGACUUCUUUUUUUGCUGGCAAAGGAAAGAUUACAGCAUGGGAAACGUGGAAAGCAUUUGAAGAAAUUACCCCGUCAUUCCAAUCAUUGAGUUCAAUACCUCAAGCAAGCACCAUUCUUGAUGUCCUACCAGAUCUUGAGAGAUUUGUAGUUCUUCUUUAUGAACGAACCAGCACUACUAGAAGUGUCAACGAAGCAAGGAAAGAACUGUUCACCAAGAAAAACCGACCCAUGGAUGCUUUACCACCAACAUCCGCAGCAUUACUUCAACGCAUCAAACGUUCAUCUUAUCAAGCGGGCUACGUUUGGACUCAGUCAUUAUGCAAAGAUCCAACCUUACCUUCACCAUUAGAAUAG